UGUGACGAACAGGAUACGUACUGGAUAUAUAACUAGCCUGGUAAGCCUACCUUGCCAUUCCGAGCUCAACUGAUCGCGCUCACAUCACAACCACUCACAGAAAUGGCUGAGAACAUGUGUACUAUUGGUAUAGGGAAAUUGAGGAAAGUGGCACUGGCCUACCUCCAGGAUGUUCUACAGAAUGUCUACAAUGUAAGGGUAAAAAUCGAUAGUCAGACCGAGCCCUUCCGGUCCGAGAGAGAACUUCCGGUUAGAACGGCAGUGGACUUCAGCACCGUUAAAGACCAUGUGUGUGAGAGACUAAAACACAUCUCCCCUGGACAGGAUAAGUGCCAGGGUCCAUUCUGGGACAUAUGCGAAAGCAUGAUAGAAACAAAGAAAGUCAGAUGCAUUAUGUCCGACGUGGAGAAGGCAGGAAAAGAGGCAACCAAGGUGAUAGAAUCCUGGGGGGUAGAAAACGAGUUAUACGUGGGCAUGAUUCCGACCCCUCGGGAUAUGUCCCUAUUUGAGGCGACUAUUGACGAUGACAACAACAGAGUCCACCUUCACUGGGACAAGGAGACGCUGCCAAAAGAUUACAUGGCUUCUGUAACUAGGAUGGCACAGAUACUUCGUGAUCAGAAGCGACAACCUACUCCCGUAGAAUACUUCGCCUUCCAGUUGGCGUACUACAACCUGUCCCAUGGAUACCAGGGGCACCACCAAAACGCGCGAGGGUUGGGCACCCCAGGGUUCCGCCCUUCUUCACAGACCUACAUGUCCCUCACCGACCCUGGAGAGGGCCAUGUGUUAGGAACCACCCGAUUUAAUGAAUGGAUGGAAGGUUCAAUUGUCCACGUCGAACAUUUGGAGCGUCCUCGAAAUCUACCGCGGCAGAACAUCGAGUCGUAUCGAAUUCCGUCAAUGCUCGAUUUCUCCAAAGUAAGAUUACACGUUGGUUCCAGUGCUCCAACUACAUACUUUGUUGGACGAAGAGUGAAAGAUUCCGGGAACUUUGAAGAGGAUUUCUUGAAGCUAGUCAAUAUAACUGCAGCGUCUGCCACGGCAGCGUUUUUACAGGGAGCAGCAGAGUGUAAGGUCUCUAUGGAGGGACUGAGCACGUCACAGGCCGUGCGAUAUAUGCAGUCACUCAGGGGACAGGUUCAGAGAAACAGGAAACAGUUCUUGUCAGCCGCCUGGAACCUUAACCAAAUCGUUACAGAUGACUACGAGCAGUCUCCGCCCUGCAAACUGAAUGAGAGAAUGGCUAUAGCUUCAAGAGCUAUCGAGAUUACGUCCAUUGGUGGUUUUGAUAAGAUCACCUGGGACGGCGCUAGCGACACCUACCCUUCCAAAUGCAUCAUGUACCAGUUGACAUUUGAGGAGGCUCUGACAAUUGUCCAUGAGGCCCACAUCAGGGGACUUGUCACCUAUUUUUCUGCCGGGUUUAAAUUCAACGAAAUCAAACAUGCUGUGUAUGCUGGUGUGGACGGUAUCGGCAUCGGUGGGGCCCAGGUACUCAGGUUCAUGGACGGACAGACAGGAAUGCAUGGCCCCUACACAGAAGAAAACAUCCCAAAGAUUCUUGAAAGUCGAAACGACGCUGCAAACACCACACGCGGACGAGGUGUUAAGCUCCUAGCCCGACUAGACACAAUGUACUUCGAAGGAUCCAUCACCAAGGAAUAUGACGCCCUCCGGGAACAACUCUUCACUGCUCUCAAAUCUAUCGACGAAACUCGCAUCGCAGAACUGCUGGAUCAACUUAAAGAAGUCGUCAAUAUGUCAGAGGAAGGAAAUUCGCCUCUUAUUGGAAGAGCAAGGCGUCUUGUGAAUAGCACUGACCCGUUAUUGAAGAUUCACACAGAAUCUGAAGAGGAAUGGACGGCCCUGAAAAAACUCCUCACCAGCCUGAUCAUUGCUAAGGACGAAGAGUCCAUCGCAGAGGAGUACGAAAGUGAUCCUUGGCUCGUCAUGCGCAAGGGGUACCGGAAGAAGCAAUGGGAAGACAACCGAUGUAUUACACGUCAGACCUCGUUUGAUGUGACAUGCAAAUCGUUUCACUAUUAAAUCAGUAAUCAAGGGUGAAAUGUGAAAGAUUAUUACUGAAAUAUUUUUUGAAGAAAAAAAAGAGAGAAACAAACAAACAAACAAACUAUUUUGGUGUUUUACAAUAUAAGACUUUACUGUACAAAAACUGUCCAUAUGUUUUGAUCUCAUCUUUAGACAUUGUUGAUACCUAGCAUCACUUGUUUCGCAAUAUCCUCUCAAGUACUGAUGUGGCGUUAACUGCAGCCCAGCUAUCAAACGUAUUUUGCUGUGAAGUAUAGGAAAUGUCAUUAAGCUUACCUGUGUCUUUUAUGUCGCUACAUUUGUCAUUUUGUACAUUAUCCGAGUGAUCUUACUUAUUACCACGUGACGGUACACUUGUCAAUGUUGAUCACGAGAUCAGGACCUGUGUUUUUACCAAAUGAUUGAAGUUGUGUCUUAAUAUUUGUGUUAAUUAUACAAUUUAGCAUAUUCCAUUUCAUAUCAAUGUAAUAUGAAAUAAGAUUCUGUUUGAAAUCCAACUAAUGAUAAUUAUUUUAAAAUACCUAUACAACCAAAUCCGGUUGCAUUCAUAUGUUUAUCGAAUUUCAAUAUAUUUCUCGUAAAUAGGUUUCGGUAUACUCAAGAGACUAAUAUAUAAUAUUGUACUAGAGGAUAUUUAUAGUAAAUUAGAGUUGAAAGUGUUAUAUGUGAGAACGUGGAUGUGGUGCAGUGGUAUAAGCUGCGAGUAUUUCUGGUUAGGCGAUUAGGUGCCUUAAAUCGUGAAUUCGAAACCCAGUCAGUGCAUAAUCGAGUCAUAACAUUGUCUACCUUCGUCAUUUGUGUUGCUAUAUUUUUAUAUGUAAGCAGUUGUUUAUGAUUUAUCUUUCAUUUAUGAUAUUGAUAUAUUUUUAUGUUUUUCCAUUGACAUGUUUUGUUAUUAAAUUGAUAUAUUCUAAAA